GGUCAUUCCGUGGGAAAAGAAAAAAGAAAAAUCUCCAAACCUAAAGGAGACACCGUUCAAUUCAAAAUCAGCCAAACACCACGAAUGCCCUUUGAAAGUUGAAGCCAUCGUUGUUUCUGUUCUUCGAUUUGAAUCAAUGGGUGCAGAAGUUAAGAUCUGGAAUCCCAUUGAAGUGGCUGAGCAAGCUCGUGAAGACUAUGCCUCGCAGAUUCUUCCCUCGCAUCUCACCAUUGACCCUUCCCUUUCCCUUCCUCAAAUGACACCUCUCGUCCUUAAGUUGUGCAAGGAUAUGUUCAAGGCAUGGUCAAAUUUGGAUGAUUCUUGCUUUGCUGUUGAGAAAAUUUCUGGGGGCAUAACAAAUUUGUUACUCAAGGUUUCGGUUAAACAAGACAGUUGUAUUGAGGAAAUUAUAACCAUCAGACUGUAUGGACCGAACACUGAGCACAUUAUCGAUCGUCAGCGGGAAUUGCAGGCCACCAAAUACGUCACAGCUGCAGGAUUUGGUGCUAAAUGGCUUGGCAUAUUUGGGAAUGGAACAGUACAAUCUUUUAUAAAUGCAGAGACUCUAUCUCCGUCAGACAUGCGGGAGCCAAAGCUGGCUGCUAAAAUAGCUAAGCAACUUCAAAGAUUUCAUCAUGUGGAAAUUCCUGGUUCAAAGGAACCUCAAUUAUGGAACGAUAUCUGGAAGUUCUUUCACAAAGCAUCUGUUCUUGAAUUUGAUGAUAGUAAAAUGCAAGAUACUUAUGAGACAAUUUCAUUCAAGGAAGUUCACGAUGAAAUUGUUGAGCUCAAGGGAUUGUGUGAUCGACUCAAAUCUCCUAUAAUUUUUGCUCACAAUGACUUGCUUUCUGGAAAUAUAAUGAUUAAUUAUGAAGAAGAUAAACUCUACUUCAUUGAUUAUGAAUAUGCAUCCUACAACUACAGAGGUUAUGAUAUAGGAAACCACUUUGCAGAAUAUGCUGGCUUUGAAUGCGACUCUGACUUGUACCCAAAUAUGAAUGAACAAUAUCAUUUUUUCAGGCAUUACUUACAACCUGACAAACCACACCAGGUGUCUGAGAAAGAUCUUGAAAUUUUGUAUGUUGAGGCAAAUACAUUUUCCCUUGCCUCGCACGUUUUCUGGGCAUUGUGGGGGCUAAUUCAGGCAAAAAUGUCUCCAAUUGAUUUUGAUUAUCUUGGCUACUUUUUCCUUCGAUACAACGAGUACAAAAGGCAGAAAGACAAGCAUUUCUUGCUGGUGCGAUCCUACCUAACAGGAUCGAAGAAUGAGUAGUUUAUACAUGCCCAAUCACUCGUGGGUUUUGUAUGUCAAGUGUGUAGCAUGAGGCCCCUGAUUUUUAAUUUAAUGUGUGUAAAAUAUAUUUUUAGACACUUAAAACAAUAAUGGCAAAUUGAGCGUUUAGUUUUUGGUUUUUGAGCUGGUGGCUCUUCUGCCUUCUUAAUGUUGUAAUCCUGGAAAAUAUAGGCGAUCUAAAUUCAUACAUCAUUCAUUUUCCUUGUAUUGUAACAAAUUCCUCACUGACGUUGUACUUGAGAAUGAUGGCAAUAGAAUGGGUCCUAUAGUACCCAUUUUCAUAUCAAUAUUUUAAAAAAUUACACUUAGC